AUGGGCAUCGGGAACGUUGGGCCCCAACUGAGUUUCGAAUCUCACGAGGUCAACACCUAUCUGUCGCGCGACGGUGGGCUGAAUUGGCAGGAGGUCCGAAAAGGCGUUCACAUCUACGAGUUUGGGAACCAUGGUGCUGUGCUUGUUAUGGCUGAUAUCCUGGCAGACACUGAUGCCGUGAUCUACUCCAUGGAUGAGGGUCAGUCCUGGCAGACACUGCAUCUGAGUACCAAGAUGAACGUGACCAACAUCCUCACUGAGCCGAGAGCUGUCGCCACAAAGUUCCUGGCGUAUGGCACGGUGGGAGGUGCUGGUGUGGUGCAAUAUCUGGACUUUGAUGCUUUGGGCUGGAUGCCUUGCAGGAAGCCAGACCACCCGAAUGACGAUGGCUCUGACUAUGAGACUUGGUCACCCUCAGACGGCUUCACUGCAGAUGUCGCCUGCCUGCUGGGCCAGCAGACGCGCUAUGUCCGGCGAAAGCGCUCGACGGAAUGCUUCAAUCGCAGAGAGACCAAGCUGCCAGUGGUGUCAGAGUCUUGUUCCUGCAGACGGGAAGAUUUCGAGUGCGAAGUUGGCUUCGAGCUGGCUGUAGACUCCAACAACUGCAUCAAAUCCUCCAUUCCGCUGGUGGGAUUUGUGGAGGAGGACCCGCCCGAGUGUAAGCUCAGAGACACCUACACUGCUAAUAUGUACCGGCGCAUACCCGGUGAUCAUUGUGAAAACGGGUGGUAUCCUCCACAGUACGAGGUGAGGUGCAAGGAGACGAGUGUCAGCUCAGGGGGGAGCCUACCGGGAUCCCUUAAACUCGUCUUGCUGGUCCUGGCCGUUGCAGUCGUCCUGUACGUGGCAAGGUCGGAUCGAUUCCAAGACUG